CCUAAGAAUGCAGCUUUUUCGUUUUCUAUUGAUGACUAGUUUGGAUUUCCAAGCUGAGUGGUUUUGUAUAUCUCUUUUUGUUAGGACAAUUACAGCAAGAAAGUAGGAGGAAGAGGAAAUGCCGGGGGCGCUUUCAGAGGCCCUACCAAGUCCAGCAUGAGGUCUCUCAAAAGACCUCAUGAAAGCCAGCAGCAAAGCUUCACAGAUGUAGAAGUGAGAGAAGGAAGCAUGAAGAAGGCUUGUUCUAGAUUUGGGGCUAUGGCUUCUUCUCAGUUGAGAAUGCCGAAAUCUGGCAAUGCAGCAGCGGCAGCACUUAACCACUUCAUGUUACCCCCAGCAGCCAAGUUAACAUCCAUGCUCGCCCCUCCCAACAAGAAUUGUGAUCAAGACUCGCUGCUGCUGGAGGUUCCUCGCAACGCGCGGCCCCCGCAGGCAGAGUUUCUUCGCUGCUGCCCUCCACCAUCUGGGCUCAGCACUGCAUCGUCCCUGACCGCAGCCUCGCCUCCGACCUACCAAUCCCAGCUCCGCUAGCGAUCAGCUUUGAUUAGUACCCGGCUUGAUCAUCAUCGUCGUACCGAUCGAUCUGCGAAUGAAGUAUGUGUUGUUGUGGUGUAGCAUUUGUAUGGCUGGAGAAAUUGUAGCUUGUAUUAUAGCUGUAUGUGUGUAUGGGGAAAAUUGGUUCCUCUCAGGUCAAAUUAAAUUAAGUUAAAUUAAAUUAUGAUACUAGUCUGCCUAUCAUUGCCAGCAAAAAAUAAAGUGGUUUUUAAAC